UUCGGGGAGGUUCAGACCGACCAAAGCCGUUUAGACUCGGAGUGGUGGGGGCUGAAGACGACGCCAGCAGGGGGACACUCCUCCGUCUGAGGAAGAACAAAGUCUUGUUAACUUGGCUUCUCUGAGUUUGCUGCUCAGUAACUGAGGAACAUCUGAGGAGAAGCUAACAGAGAUGUGGAGACAGCAGCUCAAACGGUGGCAGAGUGCAGCAGUGGGAGACAUUUCCCAAACUGCUAAAAAAGAGGAAGAAAGAUUUCAGCUGCGCCACAACAUCCUGGAGGCUGGUUUCAACCCCAAAGUUCUGCUGCACAGAUUAGAUGUUAAGCAGAUGCUGAUGGUUAAAGAAAAAGCUGCUGUAAACCACAGAGUUUGUGCUGACCUACAUGACCCAAAGCCCCUCCACAUAAAGAAGGAACAGGAGGAAGUCUGCACCAGUCUGGAGGAAGAGCAGCUUAAUGGGGAGGAGAUUGAUGCCAUCAGCUUUCCAGUCACUGCUACUCCAGUAAAGAGUGUGGAUGAUAAACAGUCCCCUCUGCUGUUACAGCUUCAUCAAGACCAAAUUAGAGGCAGAGAGCUUGAAGAGGAGAACUAUGGAGAAGAAUCCAUCUGGGUACGAGAUCACGAAGAUGGUUCCAUUUCCUCAGAGGUUAAAGUCACUGAGAAGGAAGAAGAGGAUGAUGAAUCUGGACUGAAAACUAAGGACAUGGACAAUGACUGGAAGGAGAGCAGAGAUCCUGAGUUAGAUGGAAACAUUGUUAACAAACCUUUUAGCUCCUCUGACUUUGCUGGACAGCAUGUUCACAGUCACUCUAUUCAGAAACACAUGACAGAUUUAGAAAUAGGUUCUUCAAGCUCUUUGGAUAAUAAAUGUUUUACGGAGAAUAAAAAGGUGGGCUCAAUAAAGAAAGUCCAGGCUGGAGAGAAGUUGAGCUGUAAAGAGUGUAGUAAAACAUUUAUUGGAAAAUAUGCUUUAAACACACACAUGAGAGUCCACACAGGAGAGAAACCUUUCUGUUGUGAUCUUUGUGGACAAAGAUUUAGCUUGAAACAUCACUUAAGCACACACAUGAGAAUCCACACUGGACAGAAACCUUUCUGUUGUGAUCUUUGUGGACAAAGAUUUACCCAUAAAGUUAGUUUAAACACACACAUGAGAAUCCACUUGGGACAGAAACCUUUCUGUUGUGAUGAUUGUGGACAAAGAUUUACCCAAAGAGCAAAUUUAAGCACACACAUGAGAGUCCACACAGGAGAAAAACCUUUCUGUUGUGAUCUUUGUGGACAUAGAUUUACCCUUAAAGCCAAUUUAAACACACACAUGAGAAUCCACACGGGACAGAAACCUUUCUGUUGUGAUGAUUGUGGACAAAGAUUUACCCAAAAAUUUAGUUUAAACACACACAUGAGAAUCCACACGGGACAGAAACCUUUCUGUUGUGAUGAUUGUGGACAAAGAUUUACCCAAAAAAUUAGUUUAAACAUACACAUGAGAAUCCACACGGGACAGAAACCUUUCUGUUGUGAUGAUUGUGGACAAAGAUUUACCCAAAGAGCAAAUUUAAGCACACACAUGAGAAUCCACAUGGGACAGAAACCUUUCUGUUGUGAUGUUUGUGGAAGGAGAUUUACCCAUAAACCAACGUUAAACACACACAUGAGAAUCCACACGGGACAGAAACCUUUCUGUUGUGAUGUUUGUGGACAAAAAUUUACCCAUAAAGCAAGUUUAAAUGCACAUAUGAGAAUCCACACGGGACAGAAACCUUUGUUGUGAUGUUGGUGGACAAAGAUUUUCAGAAAAGAACAUUUAAAUACACACAGGAGAGUCCACGCUGGAGGUAAUCUAUGAAUUCUGGUGGCUAAUCUAUGAAUAAUAAAACUGCACAGCUGCAGUUUGCUUUGAUAUAUUUGUGCAUUUUCGUUAAAGGCAACAGUCUUCAAUUGUUGGUUUCAGGAUUUCUGUAGAAGCUGAUUUUUGUAUUUUAAUCUUUAAAAGUUAUUUAAAUUGCAGAUUAGUCGUAUAACAGGUUGU